AUGAGAAUCCCCUCCUUCGUCACCCCUUGUAAUGAAACGUAUAUAAAAGGGAUAAAUCCCGUCAAAUGCUUGGCUCUUACUUACACCACAUUCUUUCCACUAUCAACUACAAAUAUGUCCUUAGGAAAUCCAAUUGCAUUUCACAACUAUUCACCUAAACAAACGUUGCUCGCUGGUGGUGUGGGGUUUGGUAUCUACGCCGCUUUAAUGCUUAGAUAUUAUUCACAGAGGUCAAGGGUUAGAAAGAUCUUUGAAGAUAGCGAUAAAAACUACGAAAAGGUGCACCUCAUGUCGUUGCCUCGGUACAGUGAAAACAAAGGCGACAAAGCUUAG